UCUGCGCAUCCCGUCAGUUCUAGGGUGAGCGUCCAUCCCCGACCAUCUCCCGCAGAAGCCGAACAAAAAAAAAAAAACGAACAAACGAACCGACCGAGGAACGAGCCGAUGCGCCGCGAAUCGAGGAAAAAGUGCAGAGCCGCGAGGAAGAUUAGCUUUCAUUGACCCGCUGUGGAGAAGAAAUUGCAGUGAUACUCGCUACAGUGGUAAAAGAAAACAGGAAAAAGGAUUUUGCUGAUUAAAAAAAAGAGUAAAAUCAUACGACAAAGGUGCUUCUUCACCCUGGGAUUGGAUUGACUGCACGACAGGUCAAGAUCCCCACGAUGGAGAACCAACCGGAGGCUGUCGUUUACUCGAAGAAAGGCCGCAAGCGGGCAGCCUCUUCGGCGGAGCAGCCGCAGCCGAAGAGGUUCCAGGACGACGCGGUCCUCGAAGACGGCGUCCAUGAGGUGGAGGAACAAGAGGGCGGCAUCCGCGGGGUUGCGGUGCGCAAAGUCCACGAGGCUGUCCAAGUAGAAAGUGGUGAAGAAGGCGUCGCUCGCGAGGUGGCUGACCACAAAGACUCCACGCCGCCAGGGCCACUUGUCCGCCAGGACACGUUCACAAAGGACGAUGGCGCCGCGACGGAGCAGUUCUACAUCCCCGUCGAGCAGAAGGAGAACUCGGGGCGCAGGGAGGCGCUCUUCAAGAGGCUGGCGGCCAGGAGGAAGGAGAGCAGCGCGGCCGCGGCCACUCGGCGGGCCGCGCAGGCGGCGGCGAGCAAGACGACCUCGUCGGAGAGCAGGAAGACCAAGGCGACGCGACGCAAGGCACAGCCGGCACCGCCACAGCAACGGCCAGAGACGCAGCCCCCCGCCCUGCAGCGCCAGGGCACCUUCACCAUCGAGGACGACGACGAGAACCCUCGGCAGCAGAAGGAGCAGGCCGCCGACCUGAUGGACCCCGGGGAGGACCCCGGGGAGGACCCCGACGACGACGCGACGGCAAGCUUGAAAACGGUUGCGGAGAUGCGCGUGGCGCUGGCCGCCCUGCGACGGGGACGCGCGGCGGCGGAGCGGGCGGAGCGCGCGGCCAGGGAGAGAGCGUCCAGGGACGCGCACCGGACGCGCGCCGCGCUGCAGGACCUGCACGCCCGCCUGGCCGCCACCCGGGAGGCGCUGCACGCCGAGAAGGACGGCCUGCACCGCAAGCUGAGCGCCGACUUCAAGAGGGCCAUGGCCGACCGGGAGGCUGUCUGGCGGCAGGAGCGCGAGCGGACCACCGCCCAGGUGCGCGCCCUGGAGACAGAGCUCCGCACCGCGCGGGCGCAGCUGGGGUCGAUGCAGGCGGACGCGCUGCGGAAGGCCUCGACCACCGAGGCGGAACUGCGACGGGCCUUCCACGACCAGGAGGCCGCGUUCCGCGCGCAGAUCGCGGAGGUGGCGGCGCAGAGGGACAGCCUGCAAGCCCAGCUCCGCGCCAAGGACAAGCUGGCCGCGCAAGACCGGCCGGCCAGUCCGGCGCGCGGCGUGAGGACCGGCGCGAGGCCCGCCCCCCGCGACGAGGCGCUGCAGCGCUCGGCGUGCGCGUUGCGCAGGGAGCUGCAGGACGCGCGCAAGAAGCACGCGCUGCUCGAGGCGCAGCUCAAGGAGGCCCAGCUGCAGGCCGCCAGGAGGCCCGCGCCCACACUGCUGGACGCCGAGCUGGCGCGCGCGCUGCACGCCAAGGAGCAGGAGUACCGCAGGGACGCCGCGGAGGCCGCCAAGAAGCACGACGCCGUGGAGGCGCAGCUCAGGGACGCCCUGCGAGCGCUGCGCGACGCCGGCGGAAACAAGGCACAGGAAAAGGCAGCCAGUCGGCCCGGGAAACAGAUGACGCUCGCCCUAGAAUCUCACAGACAGGAGGAGGAGGACAAGGAGGAGGACAAGGAGGAGGCGGAGGGCCACCCCGCGGCACCCCGCGAGCAGGUCCAGCAGGUCCAGCCGAGACGCCGCCACAAACGCCGGCGGCAGGACCCGGAACCGCCGGAACCGGAGACGGAGGAAGACGACGACACCCAAAGCAACGAACACAACGACGAACGACGACGCAGACUGCUCCAGGAGUUGGAGCGCCUGCGAGAGCGCAACGCGGCGCUGCAGGAAGCCUGGCGGGCCGCGGCUUGGCGCCGCCGGGGCCGCCGCCGGAGGGUGGGGCCUGCAAAGCCGCCGCGUCGCGUGCGCGAGGAACGCCGCAGCCGAACCCCGCCCGGCCGGCACCCUCCCACCGAUACGAAUGCCGGCAAAGGGGAGACGGAGGAGGGUCUCAUGCGACACUUCCACAGGCUGAUUUCUCUGGAGCCGGUGUCCGAGGCCGAGGAGUUCCCCGUCCCCGGUGGGGGGCUGGUGGGGCUGGGAGGCCCGCUGGGGGGCUCCCUGGGGGGCCCCCAGUCACCCCUGUCGUCCGGGCCGUCCUCCCUGUCCCCCACCCCCGGCAUCGGCGAUGUUUGGAAUGACCUGGCGGCGGGGUGCGCCACGUCCUCGGGCGGCUCCCCCUGCUCGCAGGGCGGGUCGUCGGGGUCCUCGUCGCCGGGCGGCGAGUCCCUGGGCGAGGGCGGGUCCUCGUCCCCGGAGCAGCUGGGCGCGCACUCGGUGCUGUACUGGCAGCUGAUGCGUGACCACCUGCAGCUGCAGCGGGCGUACCAGCAGAUGCAGCAGCUGCAGGCCAAGAACAACGACCGGCAGGCGCGGGCCAAGCUGGAGGCGCAGGUUUACGACCUGAAGCGCGCCCUGUCCCGACGGCCAUGCCCCGCGCUGCCGGCCCUGGCGGCGCAGACGCACUCGCACGGCGCGGCGCUGGCCGACGCCCUGCAGGACGUGGUGGAGCUGCGGCAGCGCGAGCAGGCCCUCACGGCCGAGCUGGCCGAGCUGCGCGACCAGAACGAGCUGCUCGAGUUCCGGCUGCUGGAGCUGGAGGGCAUCGUGGACAAGAGCUCGGUGUGCAGCGCCACGCGGGAUGUGUGCACCGACACGGAGAGCGACACGGUGACGGAGGACUCUGGGCUGCUGUCGCUCGGGGCCAGCGACGACGGAGACAACCAUGCCGGCCCGACGCACCAGCAGCACCAGCAGCACCAGCACGGCGACGGCGCGGCCGUGCGGGACAAGCUGGCGCUCCUCGCCAGCUCCCUGGAGGCCGAGGAGGACCGGGGCUGCCUGCAGAGGGCGCUGCAGCUCCUCGACUCGUACCAGCAGCAGCUCAACAAGGACGCUGCUGCCAAACCGCAGAGUCCGGUCAAGGCACCCAACCAGAGGAUCGUGGCCACGGUGCUGCCGUUCACGGACGUGGCCGACGACGCGGAGGACCUCCCCGACGCCAAGCAGUCCAGCAGGGACGAGUUCCGGCGCAAGCAGGAGUUCUUCAACCAGAUCCAGCGGCUGGGCGGCAGCAGCGCCAACGCCACCAACGCUGCGGCCAACAACAACAACAACAACAACAACAACAAGAACCUCAAGCACGCCGACUGCCUCCAGGAGAGCGGCAUCUUCGAGGAGGACUCGGAAGACGGCGUGCUCGCCGACCUCGCGAGCGCCGCGACGCAGACGGAGGCGGCGUGGGCCUGCAGCUGUCACCAAAGCGCCUCGCAGUCUGCCGCCGCCGAGACGGACGCGCCGUUCUCGUCCCUGCCCGCCUUCGGCUCCACCGCGAAGGCGCACCCGGCCGCGCCGGCCGCCACGGGCGCCCUGAGCGCCGAGAUCCAGAAGCUGUCUCAGAUCAGAGAGCGCUUCGAGGAGCACGGCGCGGUCACCAAGCUCAAGCGUCCAGAGGCACCGGCCGCGGCGCCCUCCGCGCUCGGCGCCACGCAGAUGCAGCUCAAGAUGCGCGAGCUCGACUUCUUCCGGUCGCGCGCCGCGCUGCUCGAGGACAAGCUGGCCGAGCUGGAGCGCUGCUCGGACCCCGAGCUGCGCGGGUGCGCGCGCCUGCUGGAGAGGGUGGCCGCCCUGGAGCGCCAGGCCCGCGAGGCGAGGGAGGCUGCCGACCUGCUCGUGAGGAGGAACCGCGACCUGGAGGAGGAGCGCUGCGAGCUGGAGGAGGCGGAGAACGACACCAGGCUGCGGUGCCAACAGCUGGAGGUCGAGGUUGUCCAGCUGCGGGAACGCGAGGGCGCUCUGGAAGUGGAGCUGGGCCGCGCCCGCCGCAGCCUCAGCGCUGCCCACCAGCUGCAGGGCCGCCUGGAGAUGGCGCUGCAGUCGCUGGAGACGCGCAACUUCGAGCUGGAGGAGGCCGAGUGCGAGCUGAGGGCCUCCAUCGCCGCGGUCGAGUCGGCGCUGCCCGCCAUCGUCGCCUUCCACCUGGCGCACUACAAGCACUACCUUCAGCAGCGCGAGCAGCGAGCCGCCCUGCCGCUCCCCGCCCCCGCCCACAGCGUCUGCGCGGAGGACGCCGACGAGGAGUUCGUGGACGAGGUGGACGCCGCCGCGCCGCCAGCCAAGAGGGACGACAGCGAGGUGCUGGAGCGCCUGGCGCAGCUGGUCGCCGCCGAGCAGGACAUGCACCAGAAGAUCGCUUUCCUUGAGCAGAAGGAGUCCGCCUUCCAGGAGACACUGGCCGCGGCCGACGGGCUGUGGACCGAGAUGGAGCUCAACUACAAGCGGCGCCUGGCUCGGGCCGAGGAGGCCGAGGAGGAGCUCAGGAGGAAGGUGCGCCGUCUCGAGGACUCGGAGAGCAAGCUGCGGCAGGCGCUGGCCGACCAGGCCGCCCUGUCGGAGCGCGUGCACGAGCUGGAGGCGCAGGAGCGCGUGCUGUUGGCGCGGAUCCGCAGCCUGGAGCAGGAGAAGCAGGCCGUGGCCGAGGAGGCGGACCGCUUCCACGAGGAGAUGAAGGCGUGCCGCGGCGCGCUGCAGGCUUUGCAGGAGCGCGUCGACGGCCCCAUGGCGGAGGAGGCGGCGGCGGAGCGGCGGCGCGCGCUGGACCUGGCCGAAGAGCUGCGCAGCAGGCAGGACGCGCUGGCCGCCAUGGAGCAGCGCACCAACACCGAGAUCUCGGCGCUGCAGUCGCAGAUUGCGGUGGGCGAGAAGACGAUGCAGGACAUGGAGGUGACGUGCGCCGAGCUGCGCGAGGAGGUGGACACGCUGGAGGAGGCCGUCGGAUCGCUGCGCGCCCAGCUGUCGGCCGCCCACGACAAGGCCGAGCGCGACCUGUUCCGCGUCGAGUCGGCGCUCGCCGCCAAGGACCAGCAGCUCGAGGAGCUUCGCCGCGACAAGGAGUCGCCGCCGCCCGCCCUCAACGACGAGAUCGCCGCGGCGGCGCAGGCGGCGCAGCAGCCCGAGGAGGACGACGACGCGGACGAGGCCAAGCCCGCGCCGCCGUCCGUGUCGCUGUUCCGGAAGAGCCUGCAGGCGUUCCGGAACUCGGAGAUGAUGAUGAUGAUGACGGCGAGCAAGCCAGCCACCCCGCCAAAACCCGUGCCAAAGAAAGAGACUGACGGCAGCAAGGCCUUCGCGAGCUUGCCGCCGAUGCCGACGGCGCCCGCGGCCAAGAGGACGCCGCCGCCGCUGCCCCCCAAGAACGUCCUGGCCCUCAAGUGGCCGCGCAGCGACAGCAGCGCUGCCAGCGGAAGGUGACGGAAGGGAAGGGGCAGUCCGGGGCGGCUCGCCAAGAGGCCCACGUCGACGAUGUACAUAGAGGGUGGCGCGCCGCGCUGCCGCGGCACUGGCCGCACGACCAGCGGGGACCGUCCGGGCCUCGGUCCGGGCCUCGGUCCGGGCGGACCAGGAGCCAGGCGCCCCCCAGUGCCAACGCUAGGCAGCGAAGCGCAGCGAAGCAAAGGGAGCGCGGAAUAGAAGGAGCCACCAGCCAUUUCGUUAUGUCUAAUUACCGAUAAGAAUAAAGAUACUUCUCUCCUUA